AUGACGACAGCAACGAGACUGCCGUCGACCCGGCGCCUGUUCACCUGUCUAGGAACUUCGGUUCUCUUUUUUCUGCCCUCAGCGAACGGCAGCUUAUCUUUGGAGCCAUUUGCGCAAGACGCUACAGCUGCUCAUGCACCUGAUGUGAUAUUGGACAAGCCGGCGGCGGCGGUGGCUGAGAACGUGGUAGCUUCUCACAGGCGGAGAAGGCCGGAACGAGACGAGAAUGAAACGAAGAACGAAGUUGUGGAGGCGCUGGGUCACCAGAGGAUACAGGCAUACAGAAGGUGGAGUGUUGGCGAUAUCGAUACCUUGAGCAGUAGCACGCAAGACGAGGAGAAGGCUUCCCCCGCGGUAGCGGCAGAUCCGCUCAUCACUCCUGCUCCAGAACUUCCACCCUGUCUUUCAGGUCGCAACUCGCUGGGCAGGCGACAGAAUGACGGGCAGGUUCAACAACUGCGCCAACAACUUGAGCAAGUGUCGCAAGAAUCUCGUUCAGUCUCGCAGCAAUCUCAGCAGUUGUCCCAACAGGUGCAGCAGCUCGCCCAGUCCACCUCGCGUCUCAGCCAGGAAUUGCAGCGCGCACAGGACCAGGCUCGACAGGCGCAAGAGUCUGCCAGGCAAUCCAGCGAACAAGCGCGACAAAACGCCGACCAGGCCAGACAGGCGUCAGAGCAGGCCCGUCAGGCCCAAGACCAAGCAAGCCGAGCGAGUGAGUCGGCAUCGGCUGCGCAGAGAAGCGCUGACAGUGCCGUGUCUAUUGCACGAGAGAGCAUAUCAUCCAGCGCCGCGGCGCAAAUCGCCUCUAACCUUGCCAGCGCGACGGCCAGCGCAGCUUCUUCGGCCGCGAGCAUAAUAGCCGCUGCCAGGCAGUCUGCCAACCAACUCAUGGACCAGGCCGCAAGUCAAGUCUCGGUUGCACGUGCUGAAGCGACUUCCGCGAGGGCUGAGGCCAGCACUCAGAUUUCCCAAGCUCAAGGUGCUGCCGUUUCUGUGACGCAGGCCGCCCUGGCGGUAGUGGGCACCUUCAUUGGCUCAUCGCUGAUCAGCAUCCUUGCAUUUUACUUGAUCCUCCGCUACCGCCGGAAUAGACUGGCAAAGGACGAGCAGAAGCGACCUCCCAUCUCGUAUCCGCACUCUUUCCGCAAGGAAGCCAGCGGGCUGGGGGAGGCGUACGGGAGCACAGACAACCUCGUCGACCGUCGCGGAUAUGACAACAAUGGCUACCUCAAUGACGUCAAAGAGAAGCCAUACAAGCCUGCAAGCGCCGCUGUUGGUGGUCGCGAUAAGGUCGGCAACCCCCUGCAGCGCAGCAGCAGCAACUACGGUGAUCCUCCUGUCACCAUUGACCACAACACUCCGGGUGCCAGGUUCAGCUUGUUUCCCAAGCCGAGUGUGCAAAGCCCUGUAGAGCCCACAUCCAACCCAAAUGGUGGACCGGCGUCGGCGAUUCCCAAUCUCGAUACUUGGUUGAGGGCGGGCCAGGUUAGUCCCUUUGGCACCUUGGUCAAGCCGGCCCCAGCAGCAACGGCACCAGUCUCAGCGGCCCAGAAGAACUCGGCCUCGGCGUGGCCCCUAGGAGGAGCCGCUGCUGCCGAUUCCGGGCGUACGGGGCCUGUAAUGAAGCCGGGAAAUAAGCUUCCAUUCCGAGAGAACUGA